UGAACUUAAAAACAACAAAAGUGGACAACUUCAAGUUUAAAUUUGACCCAUAUUGCAUCAAGGAGGACAGGGAUUCAUCAAUUAGUCAACAAGCAGAUUCCCAACUGAAAUUCACAAUACUACACAACUACAACAAUGGCAUAACUGGACCUGAAAACCACCCUGCAGUCUUACAUGUAAGAGAGGAAAACAUAUAUGAAACCACAGACUAUAUAAGUCACUGACAAGCUCUCGUGCUGAACUCUACUGAACUUGCUAAGCACCAUGAAGCCAAGGACAACAGAUCAUGUCCUUAUAUGGAUAUUAGUUCUUUUGUUUCCAUGGGAACCACUCCUGGCUCUGGAGACCAGUAAGUGUGAGGAGGAGGUGGAUGGAGAGAUGGUGUACUACGCCUGUCUCGGCGCGACGUCACAUCUGUCAGGACUCCCGUUUGACCUGACUGUCACACCUGCACAGUACACCUGUGGGAGUGAAAUUGACGGCCAGGUGUAUGAUGACUAUGCCACACAGGACUCCGCAAUAUUCUCUGAUAUAAGGGAGUGUUCUUUGGACGACAGUCUUCCCGAGUUCAUGGUUGAUGAGGACAGUACUGCAGAGAGCCCGACCUUUUGGCAGUCUAUCAGCUGGCUUCUAUACCCCACACCCCUCCACAUAAACAUCACCUUAUCAUUUCCUACCCUCUACGAACUUGGCGAUGAUAUCACGAUCGCAAUGCCGACGGCUCGACCGCGUACAAUGGUGCUCGAGAAGUCGCUAGAUCACGGGAGGACCUGGCAAACGAUGCAGUACUACGCCUACAACUGCCGAGAGGCUUUUGGCUUAGAAGAUAAGGAGCAGAGUGCAGUCUCGCUGGACAGUGCCACAGAGAUUACUUGUACAGGGGAAGACAGUGACAUCCUGCCUAUGGUUGGAGAGCCGCAGGAUUCGGCUGUCACCUUCGAGAAGUUGACGCAGCUAUACAACGAUCGGUCGAACGUUGAGGGGAUUUUGGAAAAGUUCGAGAACGACACCUUUCGGGAACUGUUUGUGUUCACAGACUUGAGAAUACAGCUGCUGUAUCCGGCCACAGAUGGGACAGAAGUGUCGUCAGACCUGCUCUCCAAGCUUCAGAACUACUACACCAUCUCAAACAUAGAUUUUGUAGCAAGAUGUUACUGCAACUUGCAUGGGCUGUACUGUAACAACACGAUGUGUGAGUGUCAGCACAACACGGCCGGCCCCAGCUGUGAGCGUUGCCUCCCGCUCUAUAACAACCGGCCCUGGAGGAGAGGGUCCUACCUGCCACAGCCUGGGGGAACCGCAAACGAGUGCCAGAAGUGUAACUGUAACGACCAUGCUGACAGUUGUGUGUAUAACGCCACGCUGGGCCACGGUGUGUGUCAGGACUGCCAACACAACACCACAGGCGUGAACUGCUCUGUCUGUCAGACCAGCUUCUACCGAAACGACUCACUACCCUUCAACUAUCCAGACAUCUGCAUUACGUGCAACUGCGAGGCUUUGGGAGUCAGGGACAGCGACGCGUCAUGUGACCCACACACAGGGCAGUGCCACUGUAAAGCGGGGGUGACAGGCCUACACUGUGACCAGUGUGUCAAUGGGACAUGGGGACUUUUGUCAGAGGACCGCCCAGGAGAAUGCAAAAACUGUAGCUGUGACACCCUGGGAACACUGGAUAGCCUGGAACUGUGUGACCAGACUACGGGACAGUGUCCAUGUAAGACCACCACUGAGACAGCUACAUGUGGCAGAUGUAAGGACAAGUACUGGAGGUUCCCUGUUGACCCUGAACAGGAGUGCCUGCCAUGCCUGUGUGAUGUGGGUGGCUCAGCCUCCCAGAACACCAGCUGUGACCAGUCCACAGGACAGUGUGACUGCAGACCCAACCUACAGGGGCUGUGCUGUAACCAGACACAGGAUGGCUACUACGUACCAGGGCUGGAUUUUCUCCUGUUUGAGGCAGAAGAAAACACGGAGACAAACUGUUCAGUUGUCACCACGGAGCUUCCUGAGACCCUACCAUUCACAGGCAGGGGUUUUGUCAGCUGUACUGGGAAUGCUGUGGUAACAUUCAAUGUUGAGGUGGAGCAAAACUGGUUCUACACUCUAGCAGUGCGGCACACAGUUGACAACAACACAACUCUGCCAGCAGCCUAUGUGGAAGUCUUUACCGUUGGAAGUGCAGAGGUCAAUGGGUCAUCUGUUGGCAAUGACAGCAUCCAAAUGAACAGCAGCACCCCAACAAGCCUAACUGUGGAUGGGAACAGCACAGAACAGGUCUUCAGCUUGUGUCCCUAUGAGUCAGGCCUUGCCUACACCCAGAACAUCACCCUGACAGCAGGAGUUGGACAGGUGUCCCUGACUGACCCUGUACAGCUGGACAGACGUUGCAGGUACCAGGUGUCAGUACACCUGGAUGGAGCAGGUGCACCUGUGGUGGUCGACUCUUUGUUGUUGAUACCUGAUGUGACAAAGUCGGUUGUCUAUGAGCUUGCAGACAACAGUACCAAGGAAGAGUAUGAGGACUGUGUGAGAAGUGCAGCCCCCCUUCCCACUGGUGACACAGCCAGCACAGAGCAGUGCCAACAGAUGGUCUUCUCACUUAGCGCACAAAUGUAUGAUGGGGCAAGAGCCUGUGACUGUGACCCUGUUGGCACCUUGGGAGGAGCGUCAGACUGCAGCGCUGUAGGUGGACAGUGCAGAUGUAAGCCAGGUGUUGGGGGAACCAGGUGUGACACCUGCAUACCUGGGUAUCAUGGCUUCUCUCAGGAGGGAUGCUCAGCUUGCAACUGCAGUGACCUUGGUUCUGUGCAUUUGGUGUGUGACCUUGAGACAGGACAGUGUCCUUGUCACCCAGGGGUGGCCAAUGUGUCCAUGCCAAGUGCCCGCAACCUAACAGCAGAUCUGCAGUGCAGGAGCUGUCAGCUGAAUUAUUUUGGGUUUGAGAGUGGGGGAGGCUGUGACCCCUGCCUGUGUAAUGAGACAGGCUCAGUGAGCCCACAGUGUGACGAGACAGGACAGUGCCCCUGUCAGGACACCGUCGGGGGACAGAAGUGUGAUGUCUGCCUGCCGGGGUUCUUCAACUUCUCAUCACAAGGUCCUUGUGGCUGUGAUGAAGCAGGGUCAGAGGUCAUGAACUGUGACCAGACAGACGGGUCCUGCGACUGCAAGUUCAAUGUGGAGGGAGAGAAGUGCAGCGCCUGCCAGAACAUGACCUUUAACCUGGCUGCGUGGAACCCAGACGGGUGCCAGGACUGCUUCUGCUUCGGCCACUCACACAGCUGUAGGUCAGCUGUGGGGUUUCUGCUGCAGAACAUCACGGUGGAGGUCAACAGUUCUGAUAUCAUCACAGCAGGCGGGGUCUCCUACUAUAGUGUCAGCAGAACUCUGGUGGGAGACCACACAAGGUCUUAUGGGUUGAACCUCGUCCUAACCCUUGACCUGAUGGGUGGUGAUGAUGAGGUGAGCACAGAUGGCCUUGUGGAAUUGACAGGAGCCAAUUUCACCCUUGUGAACUGGGGAACAGAAACCCUGCAGGUGGACCCCCGCAGCAACUCCUCAGGUUCGACUGCAGCCCUGCAGGAAGUCUCUCUCCUGCUGCAUGAGACGUUCUGGAACAUCUCAGAUGUGGAGGCCUUCCUACAUGCUGUGAACUUUAGCAGGCUCCUGUCUGACCUGACUAGUGUGAAGGUGCCCAGACAAGUCGGUAACACCACAGUCACUCUGCACAGGGUGGUCCUGCAGACCGCCGUUGCCAUGGCAGACCCCGCCCUGCCACCUGUCUUAUCAGUUGAGAACUGCAGCUGCCCAGAUGGGCUCUCAGGUCUGUCGUGUGAUGAGUGUGCCCCAGGGUACCACCGUGCUGGGGAACUAGACGACCGGUUCAUGCCCUGUGUGGCGUGUAACUGCAGCAACAACACACUGACCUCCCCGCCUCAGUGUGACAGCAUCACUGGGGAGUGUCUCAACUGCAGGCCUGGCAGGACAGGUAAACACUGUGAACUGUGUGACCACAACGUGGUGGGACCUGACUGUGACCGGUGUGCAGAAAACACCUACGGACUAGGCAAUCCAGACUUCCCUGGGUGUAGAAACUGUAGCUGCAGUCCCUGGGGUUCAGUAAACGCCUCCUGUGACCUGGAGACUGGCCAGUGUUACUGCAGUAACUCUACUGAGGGUCUGAAGUGUGACGAGUGCAAGGGAAACCUCUACUAUAAUAAUGAGACUCUGGGUUGCAUAGAAUGUGAGGGCUGCUACGACCAGAUUGAGACCAGAACGGCCAAGCUGAGGCUUCUGAGAGACAACAUCACCCAGUUUGUGAACAUGCUCAACUCAGGCGACAACCAAAACGUCUUGUUCUCAACCAGACUGGAAACCAUCCAGUCACAAGUGGCCGGCCUGUACAACCGGUCACAGGAGACAGAAGACGUGGCCGCGGAAAUGCACGACACUCUGAAACAGCUGAACACUUCUGCCCAGGAGGUUCUGUUGGGGUUGACAGUGGCUGUGGAGUCUGAAGUGAAGCAGAUAGAGGGGCUGUUUCAACAGGCACUGGGAAAUAUCUCCAGUGGACAGGCUGAGAGGAAUGCCACUGUUAGACAGCUGAAGAGGGCUUACAAUGUUAUAAACAACUCCCUACCCGGUGUGUCAGCAGAACUGGACAACUUGGUUGACACUCUGAACCAGACGCUGGCAGAAAUGGCUGCCAUUCAGGGCGAGGUCAACAUCAGUAUCUCCACGGUGCUGGGGACACUGGGAGACAUCCAAACCUCAGCUUUACGGGCAUUUCAGCAGGCACAGCAAGCACAACAGGUUGCAAGCAAAGCUGUUGCACUGCACCAGAACACAACAGAGCUCAUCCAACAACUCAACCAGACAGCACGUAACAUUUCAGCCAGCUUAGACUCACAGAUGGAUCAGGUACUGGGAUUGUAUGGCACUGUGUCCCAUGCUACACAAGUUGCCAUGGAUACAGCUAGGUCAGUGAACUCGACAGAAAGCCUGCCAACAGAAGAAGUAGUGGAGUUGAUUGAGAGGAGCAGGGGACUACAGGAGAGAGCCAAUAAACUGACACUACAGGUGACCAGUAACAUGACUGAAGCUGAAGCCACAGCAGAGAACAUACAGCAGGCCCAGAAGACAACAGCCCAGUUCGAUGGGGAAGUGCAGCGACUGCAGGAACAGGCCGACUCUCUGCACAACAGGUCGUCACAGGCCUUUGCUGAGGCCCAGGCUGCAGUGCAGAGGGCACAGGAUAACUUCACUGCAGCUGAGGAGAUGCUGAACGUGCUGCAGAACUUUACUGUUCUGUCUCAAGCAAUGCAGGAGGUGGUGGCCGUGUCCCUGCAGCAGGUGGAACAGGUGCAGUCUGGGAGUCUGGCCGCCACGCAGCAGGCGCAGCAGCUACAGCAGGACCUGCAGUUAGCCGCAGGCACUGCACAGGCUGCACUGCAGCAGGUGGAGAACAUGCAGGAAAUGGUCAACAAUCGGUCACAGGAAACAUCAGACAUCCUCUCUCAGGCUGAGGCACUGAACACUUCAGCCGCCGCCCUCCCCUCGGCUGACCAGGCUGCGGGAAAUGUGAGCGCAGCUAACAGCAGCAGAGUUCCCACAAUGCAGCAGGCCUGCAGAAACCUGACCCAGGACAAGGACAGGCUGGAGGCGGAGGUCAGGAGGGUUGGAGGUCAGGUCAUCGAAACACAAAGUUCUGUGGUGCAAAGUCAGCAAACUGUCUCUCAGCUGGCAUCUGACCUUCAAAAUGUGCAACUUCUGGACAGGGGGAGACUACAGGACAUCAGGAACGAGGUUGAAGCCUUACGAACGGAAAUAACCAGCGAGCAGCUCGACGCAACAAUUCAGCAGCUACAAGACAGCAGUACAGCACAGCACACAUGGAUCCAGGAGAAACAUACACAGAUCACUACCAUCAGAAACAAACUACAGAAUCUUCAAAUACUGAAAGAACAAUUGGGGAUCAGGUAGCAAAGGGGAAAGGAAAUACAAAAUGUAAUCCAAUAGCUUUUAAGAGAUCGUAGGGCAGUGCCAUGGGAAACUUACUGCCAUGGGAAUAGAAAACAGAAUACUUUUUGGGACAGGUAUGUUGUAGCAAUACACAUCUGUGAAUAGUGUAAAAAGUAAAGUUGUGUUCAUCGUAAGGAGAAAUAUUUCAACAU